GCAGAAUUUCAAUCUAGAGGAUAGGGCUGCCCUGCAAGUGGGGCUACAAGACGAUAAAAGGGCUUCCUCAGCCCCAAACCGGAGGAUAGGGGAGCCAGUAAGCUCAGCCAUGUUUUGCGGAAAAUGGAAAAAGUCCCGCUUGGAAAGUUAUCACCACCACCAGCAGCUUUCUGCCCAUCAUCAUGGAGGAACUACGAAAUCCUCGGGGCACCGCGCGUUCAAAAAAUUGGGUUUGACAGAUGAUGAAGAUGUUAAAGUGAUGCUGCAGGGAACCUUUUUCUGGAAAGUCAAGACUUAUCAACCCCAGAAACAAAGGCUGUUCCAGCUUCUUGAAGAUGGGAUGUCUGUCUGGUUUGAGACUCGCUUUAAAAAGGCCCGCUCCAAACAUAUUUUCUCCAUCCUCCAUGUUGAAAGUGUACGUGAAGGUUACCAAUCUGAGGGACUUCGGAAAUUUGGUGGUUCUUUUGCAGAAGAGCAGUGCUUCACUAUAGUCUUCAAGGGGAAACGGAAAAACCUGGAUUUGGCUGCUCGGACUGGGACUGAAGCCCAGCAGUGGGUGAGGGGACUCACAAAACUGAUGGUCAGAUGUGAAGCCAUGAACCAGCAAGAAAAGCUUGAGCACUGGAUCCAUGGCAUCUUACAUGAAGCCGACAAGAACAACGACAAUAAGAUGAGUUUCAAAGAGAUCAAAAACAUGUUACGAAUAGUAAACAUAGAUAUGAAUGACAUCUAUGCUUAUCAGCUCUUUAAGGAAUGUGACAAAUCAAACAAUGACCGCUUGGAAGAAUAUGAGAUUGAGGAGUUCUGUACACGACUAAUGAAACGGCCUGAGCUGGAGGACAUCUUCCACCAAUAUUCAGGCGAGGACUCUGUACUUUCUGCUGAGGAACUGCAGGACUUUUUGCAUGACCAGGGUGAAGAAAUAAGCUUGCAACAAGCUCAGCAUAUCAUUCAGACGUAUGAGCUCAAUGAAAAAGCCAGGCAACACAAUCUCAUGAUGCUGGAUGGUUUCACAAUGUACUUACUAUCUUCAGCGGGAAACAUCCUCAACCAGGCCCAUGCCGGGAUCUAUCAGGAUAUGAGCCAGCCUUUAUGCCAUUACUUCAUCUCUUCCUCCCAUAAUACCUACCUAACAGACAAUCAGAUUGGAGGGGCCAGUAGCACUGAGGCAUAUGUUCGGGCAUUAAUGAAGGGGUGCCGUUGCGUGGAACUGGACUGCUGGGAAGGUUCUAAUGGAGAGCCCAUUAUCUACCAUGGCCAUACUCUUACAUCCAAGAUCCUCUUCCGGGAUGUAAUUGAAAGCAUCCGGGACCAUGCCUUCAAGCACUCUUCAUAUCCUGUGAUUCUUUCUCUGGAAAACCACUGUGGCCUGGAGCAGCAGUCUACAAUGGCCCAUCACCUGAAAACCAUUCUAGGGGACAUGCUGUUGAUCCAGCCACUGGAUGGAGACCUAUCCAAGCAACUGCCAUCACCAGAGCAAUUGAAGGGGAAAAUAUUAGUGAAGGGGAAAAAGCUAUCAGAGAACAAGACUGAACCAAGAGUUUACUUGAUCUCCAAUCGUGAGGAAGAAAUGCAGGAGGAAGAAGACCAGAGGUUUUCAUCUUCUCUCCAGGAAAUCAGAUCUCUUCAGGCAAAGGAUGUAGUGCAGAUUUCGCGAGAACUCUCUGAUGUGGUUGUAUAUUGCCGGGCUGUUCCAUUCCAAAGCCUGUCUGAUGCCCUGCUCCACCAGAAACCUACAGAGAUGUCAUCAUUCAGUGAGCGGAAAGCCAGGAAGCUGAUCAAAGAUUCAGGAAACUAUUUUGUCCGAUACAACACCCGUUACCUCAGCCGUAUCUACCCACUGGGUCUGAAGAUGAACUCCUCCAACUACAACCCUCAGGAGAUGUGGAAUGUCGGCUGCCAGAUUGUGGCACUGAAUUUCCAGACACCGGGUUCUGAGAUGGAUUUGAAUGAUGGGCGCUUUUUGGUGAAUGGUCGCUGUGGCUAUGUGCUGAAACCUGCUUUCUUAUGCAAUAACCACAGUAAUUUUGACCCCAAGGUUCCCAUUCAUAGGAGUAGGCAGCACCCUAUUGCCCUCACCAUCAAGGUGAUUACGGCUCAGCAACUUCCCAAACUAAAUAAAGAGAAGAGUUCCUCUAUUGUUGAUCCUUUUGUACGGAUUGAGAUUCAUGGAAUUCCUGCAGACUGCUGCAAGAAACAAACUGAAUACCGGUUAAAUAAUGGAUUCAACCCAUGUUGGAAUGAGACAUUGAUGUUUCAGAUACAAGUUCCAGACCUGGCACUGGUGCGCUUUGUAGUAGAGGAUUAUGAUACAACUUCCUCCAAUGACUUUGUGGGACAAUUUACAUUGCCAUUGCCCAGCAUUAGGGAAGGCUACCGGCAUAUCCAUUUGCUUUCCAGGGAUGGUACAUCCCUAUCUCCAGCUACACUUUUUGUACAUGUUAGAUGCAAGAAGAUGUGAAAGCUAUAAUAAAGGUUCGAUUUGGAAAAUGUGAAAGUGGAUUGAGAAGGUCCAAUCAGCCCUCAGAAGAAUGGAUGAACAGCUGUACUAAUUCAGGAUGCCACCUGCUAUUAAAUCAAGUGAGUUCGGAGCCACAGAGAGGAACCAAAAUGUUGCAGCCAGAAGAGCCAGGCUGAGAGAACAGCAUGGUGUCAAUCCUCACUUGAAUAUCCAAGCUAUUUUAUUAGAGUCAUAAUUUAAGAUUCUUUGUGUAGUUGAAGCUAAAAGCUAUGCAACCUAAAGACUCCUAGAAUGCUUUCCCAUUUUUUCUGAGUAAAUAUUCCAUCUUAUUCUCUUCUUUGCAGUGGCCUGCAAAAAAUAUACACUGGGGGUAGGAAAUUUUUUGUAUUAUUUCUUUGUAAGUCACAAUAGAAGCCCAAUGAAAAGAUGUUAUGUGAUAUCUUGCAAACUUGGGCUAGGUCCAUUGAAAUCUAAGGAUGUGAGAUAGAUUGACUUGUGACCAAGAUUAACAUGUGACCAAGAUUAAUGAGUGAAGGUGGUGUGAUCUUUGUUGCAAAGGCCUAAGAGAAUGAAAUGUGACCCAUAAAUUGAACUGAGGAAUUUGAGUUAGCACAACUGAUUUGGAAUCUGGUUGAGUAUAUAUGCACUUUGACAGGCCAAAAUGGAGACUGGGCACGAAAUUUAGAUCUUUAUUUGUUUAGGAAACAGUCUACUACAUAUAGCCUAUAACUUUUAAGACAGAAGAUUGUAGAAUUUAAUUAGAACCCCAGGAGUAUCAUAGAUAUAUGAAAAUUCAGCACUUCACUUCAGAUCUACUUGGUUAGCUUUUCCUGAUACUCCAGGACAAUUUAAAUGAGAUUUAAAUACUAACUGACAAAUUAGUAUUAACUUGCUAUUCAAGUUAAUCUUUAUUCUAGACAAACACUAAUAAUUAUUCUUAAGUUUAUUUUGAUACAUCACAUAGAUUGAUAUGAGGAAAAUGAGUACUCCUACAUAUUCUCAAGACUCAUUUGUGGAGAAAUGUACUUUUAGAAAUUAGAUUUGAAGCAGUGCACUAUUUUUCCCUUAUAACUUUUCAUUGUAAACUAUUAAAAAAUCACAAGAGCAUUAAGGAUGAAAUUAUUUUUGCUAUAUUGUUUCUCUUGGUGAAUUUGAAAUAACACUAUAUAGCUUUAGAGCAUUUAAUCUUUCGGUACAAAUUAAAAUCAGCUGUUGGCAGCUAGUGGAUGUUUUGGCAAUUGCUAGUUAAGCUGUCACAAUGCAUCUCAAAGGAUUUUAUACUAUAGUCUUACAUUAUCCUACUUCUACUGGGAGUCAUCAAGUUAAUCACUGCCUCUCAAUAUUACCUUUUACAAGAUUGUUCUUGUGAGGAACACACACACACACACACACAAGCUGUUUUGAGUUAUUAGAGGAAAAUCAGUCUAUAACAAUAAUUUAGCGAGGUUUUGUUCAAGAGAGCAAUUACAAGGGUAUAGUUUUAAUUGAGGUGUUUUUUUUUACCUUUUACUGCAGUUUGGAUUAGAUGGAAGAUAAAUCCGUUGGAAAUUUUUAGUAUGCACCCAUGCUUAAGCUAUGUACCAUAGCUUCACAGUAAAUAUUAAGGUGUCAUAAAAGAAAAAGAGUAAUAACUCAUUUAGUGUGGUGUUUUCAUAGCAUUUCAGGUAGCAUAUUUUACUUAUGAACAUUUUCAACAAAGCUUCAAGUAAAAUUCUUUAAUGAUAGUUAAAGUCUCUGACUAUGCUCAGAUUUUUAGCAAAAACACCAGACGCCAUCAAGAUGUCUGUUUGGCUGCUGCUCCUAUUUCACUUUUGGCUCAGCAGAUUCUCCUUUGCAAACCCCGCCCCCCUUUCUGAUUUUUCUAGGCAGAUUUCCAAACUAUGACCAUUUCCUUCCUAUGUUCCUACUUACAACUAGAUUCACUUCAUGAAGCAGCAGCUGCUUACUCUCUUCUAUUUCUGGACAGCAGAAAGCUUGUUUACUACAGCACUUUAGAUCUGUACUCUCAUUUGGGAGAUAAGAUAUUCUCUUUUAACUUGGGGUAGAAAAUCUGAGACAUCAGUCCUGACACAGCAAGGAAGAGCAAGGCUAUAAAAUUGGUCUAGAUCUAUUGUUAGAUAAGUUCAAAUUUCUCUUUUGAGUAUGAUUUAGGCUGCUAUCAGAAGCGUAAGGAUCAGGUUUCCAUAUUUUUCUCCUAUAGUAUUUGUAAAAAUAAAUAAUGGGCAUAUCCUUACCUUAUGGAAUAGUGUGAGGAUGACUAACCAAUGUCUGGUCAUGCAGCAUGCAUUUCAAUCUCUUGGCAACAAUACAGCAUGCAAGACAACAUAGGGCAACAGGAAGGGGGUUUGAAUAGUAGCUACACAUAACUUAUAAAACAGAAACCUAUUACUGCAGUUUUCAAAAAUUAGUCUAAAUUGGCCUCCCACCCAAGAAGCAGUGUGAGAUUGGCCUUGAGUCAAAUUCCAACUUUACUUUAAAACAGUGUGACUUUAUGAAACAGGGUUCAAAUGUGGAUGGAGAAGCAAACUACCCAUAUUUCUUGAGAUUUUCAGAAGAAAGUGGAUUAUAAGUUUAAAAAUUAAUAAAGUUUUUUUCCUGGACAUUCUAGAUUUUCCUACAUAGAUUGACAAAGUGAUCAGAUCAAAUUCAGAAAUGAUUUAAAUACUUGAAACAACAUUAUGUUUGCUGUAUAUAUUUAAUCCUGUAUGUUCUAUGUUUAGCACUAGAUAAAGUUCACUUUUGAAUUUAGCACAUUUUUGCUGGAGCCUAUUUAAACUGAAUGCAAUUUACAAAUCUAGACCUGGCCUCUCUAUGCACAGAAGUUUCUCAGAAAUACUGACAUGUGUUCAUGUCCUACCCCCCUUUUCCAAUGAAAAAAAGACCCCCAUGAGUCUUUUUGUAAUUAUCUAUGUAUUAAUGAGACUUGUUUGUAAUGUAUUUAAUAAGUAAAAGGAUUUAGUCAGAGAAAUAUUUAAGUUCCAUGGAACACCCGAACAAGAAAAAGAAUAAAGUUGUAAUUGCUAUGAUGAAUUCUGAAGCAUCAGUUCCUUUAAUGUGUGUGAAAUUUGGGCAAUACUGAUUGGGAUAAAUUUGUAUUUUUUUUUAAUGUUGCUCUAGCUUCUAUAUACAAGUUUAGCCACAAGAGUUUUGUUUUGUUUUUGAAAAGCAGGUAAGAUCAUACAUAUGGUUUUCCUCCCUAAAAUUCAGAUUUCCUUGUGUUGUGCACAAAUAAAAGCUUUUCUCCUAUUUGCCAAAACGUAUUUGAAAAAUGCUAAGUACUUUGUAAGGCAAGUAUAGCUGAAAUAUAUUUUACGGAGAAAGCCACUCACAUUUCCAUGUGCAAAUGUCUAAGUCAAAAUUCAUCUUCUGGUCAUAAAAUUUAUUCAAAUUGUCUGAAAACUUUAUACCAAUGGAACAACAGCAGCACUUUGAUCAAGGUGUAUAGCUGAAGCCUGUUAUAUUUUUCUUACAGAAAUUGAGAAGCAAAUUGAGAAGCUUAAAGGGGAAAAUGUUUCCACAGUUGAUUUUUCCCCAACUGGCAUGAUGUCUUCUUUUAGAAACAUAAUUGUAUAACUAUGUAUUAAUAGGAGAGAUGAUUUAUCAAUCUGAGAUGGCUGUGGUAUUUUAUUAUAAGUAAAGUAACUACACAUCACUUAAGAUUCUAUACCUGGAUAGCAAGGAAGUCUAACAUUAAAUUAGAAGUUUGCUCAAACCCAAUUAUCCUUGUUCUUGCAGGCUAACUCAUCAAUUAAAUUAUAUAAUCCUGCUAAUCAGUAUACUUUAGGAAAACCUGCUUCCUUAUAUAAAAUGAAUCAAAUUUUAUUGUGUGUUGUUUCUCAAACAGCAUUAUUUUGAAGGCAACCUUCUUACCAUGUCACGGGAUUAAGAAUUAUCCACUCUCAAUAGACUCCCUAUUCUUUACACAAGUCACUUUUAAUUGCAAGUUAUGAAAGGCAGAAGAAUCAACCCACGUUAUGCAAAUAGUAAAUUAUGAAAAUGUUGUUCUCCUAAAUCACUGCAUAUGAAAUUAUUGAAUCACUCAAAUAUACUUGAUAUAUCCUUAAUUAUUCAGUAGAUGCAGGAUGGAAGGUCGUCUAAAAUACAGGGUCUGAAAAAGUGAACAGUAGAACGUGGAAGAGUUUUCAGGCAUGUUGGUAGUAUGAUGCUAAGAAAUAAUGAUCCGCUGUCUUGUCCAAUGGAUUGACAAUGUAUUUAUGUCAAAUCAUGCUUGAGCAUAUUAGAGAGGUCUUAAGUGCAUCCUAUUGAUACAGGAACUUAUACAGUGGGAUUGUACUUGCACUAAUUUCAACUAGCACAUUAUAUCUGCCCCUGUAUUUCUGCCCUAUCCUAACAACUACUGCAUUGCUAUUAUUAUUAUUUCUAUUUUUAGGAUACAAGCUAUUUUUUAAAUUAAUGCUUAUGCAUUAAAUGUGCCAUUUCUUAAGAUGGGAUUCUAUAAUUGGUAUCUUUGAUGAAAAUUAAGUUCUCAAGUUCUCCCUCAUGAAGCACAGAAGGGAAAAAUAGGGUUGUUAAGCAUUUCUUACAUUCAGCAAAUGCUACAAAGGGAUCACAACAUGCACAAGAGACCCGGGACUCCAAAGCUAUCAUCGACACGGUUCACAUUCAGAACUGUAACAGAAAUAAAAAUAAAACUACAAUAACCAAAUAAAAAUACCAGAAUUUGGUCUUCCUAAGUGUGUUCAGAAUCUGAAUUCAGAAGCAAAUCUGCAACAUAAACAGAUAUUAGAACUGAAGCUUUCAAGAGCAUUGUUUUCUAUGUUUCCCACAUAAUGUAUGGGAAUAAUUAUAUCCCAAAAAAGUUAUCAGUGAAUUGUCCAUAAAAGGCAACUUGGACACGUAGCAAAGGCAGAGAGAUCAUAUUGAAGUUUUAUUAUUUAUACUGCUGUCACUGAAAAUUAAGCAAACUAUGCAAAUAGAAGGAAUUUUUUAAAAAGUGUAGAUCUCUUUCAUUAAUUGAAAGGAAUGACACAAGAAAUGUUCAGGUUUUUUGGGAAAAUAUAAUAUUUUCCCACAAGGUUUGUUUUAAAUUUCCAAAUUGCCUUUUUUCUCCAAAGCAAACAAAGGGCAAUAUAUAAACUCUUGAAUUAGGAAUUUUGUGCUAUGUUGUCUAUAUUUUAUCCGCUAAUCAUCACAUUGAUGAUGCUUACUAAAAGUCAUAUAGAUACGUGCACCUUAAUUACACUAUUUUCCCUGAAAUUAAAAUAUCUAUAAUUACAGACAUAUCAUUAUGCCAAUAAACUAAUCUGUGCAAGAUAAAUUAACCUUGAUUUACACAGCAUGAGCCAAGCCUUUCACUGACAAAAUGAGAUGAGACAAUACUAACCUUCCUAGUCUCAUACGAAUCAUCUUUUGAAAGAUUUUUUCACUUUUUGUUGUCAUAUCAUAUUGUGGCAUGAUAGUUUGAAAUAGUGCACUGGAAAGGCCCUCCUCAUCAUGGGUCCUGCUGCCUGGACUGCUAGGAACUAUAGUGCAGUGUACUAAACUCAUUUAACAAUUGCUUAGCUUGCAAGUGGGAAUGUUGUGCUCAACUGUGGUUAUUAAGUCAAGGACUGGCCUAUAUAGCCUAACUAACAUUUAUCUCACCAACAAAGUUAUUACAUCCAACAAAAUAUAUUGAAUACAUUUUGAUUAUAGUUUGCCAUUUUCAUUCUAGCUUGUCUGGUAUUUUCUAUUCUAAGUUUUUAUGUGAACACUAGCAAAAUUGCUAUAUGUAUUUAAUCCACUAGCAGAGCUUCUGAUUUUAUCAGCCGAUUUUCAUUGCAGGAAACGGUCAUAAACAGUUCUUUUCAAAGCUAGACAAUAUAACUUGAUUGCAAGACGAAGAACUAAUGUUUAGAAUAGUCGAUGUGUUAAGAUACUAUAGCUAGAAAACAAAUGGAGAUCAGAAUUGACAGAGAAUAGCUACAAUUUAUGAUAUUAAAUAUCCCCCAAUUACAAUUUCAUGGAAAAAACUGGAGAAUUUCCCCAACAAAACCAAGAAUGGAUUCCAUAAACCAAAAGCCACAAACUCUACAUUUGGUUAUUCAAACAUUAUACUAUAGUUUUAUUAGUGCACAUCCAGGGAACAAUAGCUGGGAUUCAUACCCCAUUCCACCAUGAAGUAAAGAUCAUCCAUCAUUAAAAUAGCCCUUUGGUUUUUAAAAGAAAGUUGUCUUAACAAGGGAUUAGAAUUAAAAAGGCCAUAGUGCUAUGUAAAAACUGAAAGCUAGCUUUAAAACUUCCAUUAACUAGGCCAAUUACGUACUGCAGCUCAGAAUCAUUUUUGCCUCACAAAAAGAGGGAAUACACCUCUUUUGAGAAGAGGGAAUGCACUGUACUCUUCUGACAUAAAUCCAAAGAGCUAAAAUUUUGGUCUUUUUUUUUUAAAAU